AUGGAUUCAUACGCAGAUUAUACAUCUCAACUGCCUCGGUUCAAGUUUGAUAAUUUUGCCAUGGAUACAAUUGGCGAGGACUCAGAGUCCAACGUGGAAAUUGACCUUGAAUUCACAGACGCUGAUUCGGAGUCCUAUUACUCGGAGACUGAAUCGGAUAAGGCUUUUGUCGUUCCAGACGGGAACCUGGACCACGUUGAUCCUACGUACGAGCCCGGUGAAACAGAGUCGUCAUCAGGUUCUGACUGGAGCGACGGGUCGGAUAUCCAAAACUUUGAAAUCCUUGAUAAACGGGAAGUUGACGGACCACGAUCUAAGUAUACCGAAUACAGGGUGUGUCUCUGGGUGGAAGAGAGACAUUUAAACACUUUACUUAGUUUGGAAAGGCUUGCCGCAGAAGGGUUCGACAGUGUCACGCACCUUAUGGAUCCUACCACUAUCUAUGCGUCCACUGCAGGUGGUCUCGUGUUCGGCACUCUUUUCAAGCAUUUAACUUAUCCAUUUCUACUUCAACGUCACAGGCUUGCUGGACCGUGGACCCGGGCUGCCGUUCUUAUGUACCUCCUAUAUGCCGCAAUCAACCUUUUUUGCAUCUCAUUUCGAGCUGUCUCUUCAUCAGAGAUUGCGCGUAGAGCGGGCAACUUAUCACUUAGUAACCUAAUUAUUUCAUUCGGAAGCGGCAGUUUUGAUUGCUGCACGGAUGUGUUUGGGGUUCCACGACGGGUCUGUCAGCAAGCGCAUCGGGCCACAGCAUGGAUGGUAACAAUCCUCCUUGCUAUCCAUAUUACUGCUAGUUUACCGGCGAACCCGCAAUAUUUUCGAGUGGAUACACAGGAUAGUCUCUCUGGAUGGAUCGGAGCGGUGUUAGUGGCCGGCAUAGUCCUAGUGUCAAUGCCUUAUCUUCGUCAUCAUGCCUAUGAGGUUUCUUUCCGCACUCACCAGACGUUGGCGGUUGCCCUUCUAUACGCUAUUUGGCAGCAUCUAACCUCCACCGCUCAACUUCCUCGACUAUAUGUGAUAAUGGCUUUAGUGCUUCCUACACUAGGACUAGUCUACGAUUCUACUAUGACGCUUUUUCGGAACGGCAUUAUUCCGUUCCGCGGACGUACUGCGAUGGUGCUUUCUCAUGGGAGGAGUGGAGCGGCAAAUAGAGGUGCUGGAAUACUUCGUAUUGCCCUCCCUCGGCCGACUAAGGUGGAGCCUGGGCAGCAUGUGGGUGUUUGGAUGCCAACAGUAAGCUUUUGGUCAUGGGCCCAGAUCCACCCUUAUAUGGUUGUGUCAUGGGAACAUGGCCCGGUAGAUGAGCUUGACGUAUUUAUCCAGGCACAUCGUGGGUUUUCCGGCAAGCUACUGCAACAUGCUCCGGUGGGAAGCAUGAGAGCCGUGUCAUUUCCAGGUCUGAUUAUUGGACCACACGGAAUUAGCAAGAACCUCAAUCGCUAUGAAAGAGUCCUAGCGAUUACAAGUGAUUCUGGUAUAGCUUCAGUCGUCUCGCAUGUCAAAAGAUUGAUUUCAAGUCAUGCUAACCCGGAAUCUCGUGCCCGAAGCGUACAUCUGGUGUGGCAAUUGGAUCAAGCAGGUAGGUUCAUCACUUCUACUGGUGUGCGUAACUGA